AUGGCCUCCCUUAUGCUCAGCAUCUUCGUUGUCGAAGUUGUCGUCAACCUCGUCAAUACCAUUGGAGCCGCCGCAAUCAACAACUUGCUCUGGACAAUAAUCAACUUCCUCCCCGUAUCGACAGCAAAGGCUGCAGGCGAGCAACGCAAGCUACAGGCCGAUUACCUCAAGGUCCGACGAGAUCUGAACUCCACGAGUAGUCAGGAUGAAUUUGCCAAGUGGGCAAAGCUCCGUCGUCAGCACGACAAGCUCCUCGAACAGCUAGAGAAGACCAAGAAAACCAACGAGGCAGCACGAUCCAACUUUGACAAGAUCCUCACCGUUCUCCGAGUCGUCGUUACACGUGCGCCGCAAUACUUCCUGCCCUUCUGGUAUGCCACCGAGCCCAUGUUCUGGCUGCCUUACGGCUGGUUCCCUUACUGGGCGGAAUGGAUUCUGUCUUUCCCUCGCGCUCCCAUCGGAAGUGUGAGCAUCGCUUCGUGGCAGUUGGCUUGUACAGGAGUUAUCGCCCUUUUCAGCGACUUGAUCGUGGGUAUUGCUGGUCUGCUCCUCAACGCGAAGCAGGCCAAGGAAGCACCCGUCGCAGCCCAAAAGGUCGCCGCGGAGGAGAAGAAGAAGUCAUAA